CAACUCGAACGCGUACAGGUAUGUUGCAUUUUUGAACAUAGUAAUGAUAGUAUAUUUUUGACUCUUGAGAACUUAGAUCGCUACUACCUGAUGCAUCUGUCGACGUUGCAGUGUUAGGCGCCCCCAUCACUCACGGGAGCACACUAUAAUGGGUGUUGGCCAGGGUUCCGAACCCUGGCCAAAUGAUUAACUAGUAACCACUGAACUUCAGUCGGUCGUAGAUGCUGAACUACAAUGCUUGAGUUAAUGGUGCGUGCAAUCACUAGUGCUGACUACUUCACCGACUGUCGUCUCCGGUCACGCAUGCGUCAAUGUUACUCAUUAUGUCUCACGGCUGAUCAACGAUCACUUUGGCACUGCUGAAACGUUUGGUCGUCACUCGGGGUGUGAAACAAAGUUCGUCUUACUCAUGCGGUACAAAACAGGUCGAUCUCGCUGACAUGGUUCUCCCAACCCCCCACUGGAUUUCUUAGCCAAAGGGAGAAAUGUCUCCCCCACACACUCGCUUUAAUGUUUUGUUUCGCAACUAUCUAUCACACCAUUUACGACAUUCGUUUAACCGCGAUGAGGCUCAGAAAUCCUCGUUAGAGACUGUACUCGAGGAUGGUCCUGACUCGUUAGAUCAACUACCAAAUACCGGCGUAGAUGGGCGUCUCCAGCUGUUUAGCGAGCCCGAGGUCAGCUGCGUAGACUGCGCUUUGUCUGACAGUGAUCAUUUCUCGAAUGAGCAGGCUAGUCCAACGCCAGCCACAUUUGAACACAGAGUAUUGGAGCCCACCAAAGCUUGGGACUUUGCGGUCGGAGCACCGCGACUUUUGGCGAAAGCUCAUAUUUUCCAACGUCAAUUGGAAACACCAACAGCCCAGCCUGUAGCUACCUAUUCUCCUCCCGAUCAUCCCACAGGUUCCGCAUGUCCUGAUCCCAUUUCCCCGACAUCUUCCGAAAUUUCAUCCACACCGGUCGAAUUGAUUACCACUACAGCUGCUACUUCUAAGUCAUCUACCUACAAUACCCCCCAGCCGUCAAAUGUAUGCGGCACCUCAGCAAGUUAUACUUCUAGCUGCUCAGCUGUUUGUGGUAGACACCCUCAUGGUAGUACCCCAUCCCGGUUGCCAAGCUCAUACGCUGACUGUCCAACAUUGUCAACGGCGAGUGGGAUCCCUCCAACCAGUACUGCGUCUAUCUUCACCGAGGAGCGCGUGUCUCUUUUCAGUACAGUCUACUCUCUCCAAACGCUCACGGCGACUACUACAUUGCUUCCACCUCUCUCAUCCACAGUCACAUCAACCAGCACUGUUAUGACAUCGAUCCCGUUGCCUCAACCAACAUCAGCGCCUAGCACCAAUUCAAACCCUCAAUUACCUCCAACCAUAGGUGCCAUCAUAGGAGGAACUGUAGGAGCGGUCGUGCUUCUAGCCCUCCUGGCUUUUAUUGUGCUGCGCCGUCGCAGGACACGACAACUUUCUGUUACACCUUUCAACCUCAUUUCAACUACAGGGCCAACGCAGGUUGAGUCACGGGCGUGGCUCAAGUUACAGAACGCCAGCGGUGUCGUCCGUCCAAGCAGCAGCAGCUCAUCAUUCAUUCAAUAUUCCGACGCAUGUCUCGCAGAGUAUUCUGAUAACAGGUCCCUAUCAUACGCCACAGAUCAUAGAUCAUCUCACUUAGCCGAUGAUGAUGUAUCUGCGUCCGGCGUUGCCAGACGCUAUCGGGCCCACGAGCUAGAGAAGUUGUAUCCAUAUCCUUCUCACGUCCACACCUCAGAUCAAUAUCAUCAUCGCAGUGUAGAAAGCUGGAUAGAUCACAUGGUUACGGAUGGUUGUUGGCGAGAGCCGAGUGAAGAGCUGCCGGCUUAUCCUCUUUCGGUGAAAUCUUUAAGGAGCAUGGAGGCUGAUCAUGAUGAUCAUUAUGUCCUUCCCAGUUCUUAUCCUCCCCUCCCACAGACGAUACAUUGAUAACCAAGGUCAUGGACGAUGUAAAGUACUAUGUAUCGUUAUUGACGUUUGACCAGUGGUACCUACCCGCCACGGACCAUUGUCUGUGUGGCACGUAUAUGACACUGUCUAAGGGCUGCGUCGUUCGGAUGAUGAGACGGCCGCAUGAGGAGGCUGGAUUUACUUGGUUUCACUUGAAACGGAUGGAGGUUGGCGAGCCGAGACGUCGACACCUGAUUUUUGAAGGCUAAUGCAUACUCAAUACGGCAGGUCUCGACUCUCCUGGAAGGGGGGGGACUGCCAUUGAAGAAGACCUGCCCUUUAUCCAGCUACCUUUAGGUAGUGUUUUUGUAGGUGGAAGUCCUCCAACACGUGACGACC